GGAGUUUUUUAAAAACAUGUUCCUAUUUUCACAAAAAUCAAAAUAUUUAAUAUAUUGAUCGUUCACUAAGAAGAUAUAACCCUAUACUAAUGAAAUCUUUUCGAUUUUUUGAUUUUAGUUGACUUGGUGGACUUGAAUUGCGUCCACCGCAAGCCUCUUCCAAAAAAAGGGUCUUGGGGGAAAACGCCAUAACUCCGCCAUUUUUAAAUAUUUUUACACAAACAAAGCCUUUUUUUUCUUUAAACAUUGUAAUAUCCAAUAAUAAAAACUUUUAUACAAUAAAAUUAUUGCUACAUAUCUUUAAAAAAAACCCAACUUUCGCUAAUUUCACCGGACCACAAGGUAUAUAACCCCUUAAGUAGUAGCGGCUGUGCUGGCUUGCAAAGCUUCGAGAGUCGUCCGAUUUCAGUGAGCAAGGAAGACGAAUUGCAGCAACAACGAAGCGAGCAACAACUACAACAUACACAUCACACUGAGCGCGUUUAUGCGAUACAACAGCCAACUAAUUUGCCACCCAUGCGAACAGGCAGCCAAGCAAUAGCGGAUGUAGCGACGCCAACAACAACAGCAGCAGCAACACCUAAUACGUUAAUCACACCCACUUUAAUGAAUUUGACAGGCCAUCAAAGUGGUAGUGUACACAAUAAUAUGCUGCCUACUGGUAGCAGCAACAACAACAACAAAAACGUUGCUAUUAACUCUGGCAUCACCGACAUUUAUGCGCAACCCAACAAGUUGGCAAUUAAAGCAAAGGCAAAUUUGACAGCAUCCAAAUUGAAUGCGCCAACGGUUGAACAAUCUACAACAAAAGCAGCAAUCUCGAAUCAUUCUACAACAACACUUCCGAAGUCACCUUCAAUAGGCGCAAUUGCCGCCUUGGCACGCAUACCGGACAACACAUCAACAACAGCGGCGACAUUAAAGCCAAUUGCUGGCGAUGAGGUAGCCAAAGCGAACCAGUUGACAAUAGCAACAGCACCAACAACAACACCAACUGCUGAAAUAACCUGCCGGUUGGGCGCAAAGGAAUUGACAAAUAGUGACAUCGACAACCAGGUGACAGCUAUGGGUGGCAUGCAAACAAUGGAUUCCAUGGCAGCAGCAGCAGCAACAACUAAAACAACAAUUGCAGCCCACACGACACAAACGGCAAAAUACAUUAGUGCUACAAUCGGAAAAGGAGGCGAUGUGGCAGCACUGCCACACAUGCCACAAGUGCUGAGGGAUGCUAGCGUUGGCAGUUUACAAGCACAAUUAGAAUCGCAACAACAAGUACAACCGCAGCAAAAGGAAAUACCAGCAACGUUGAAAUCUAUACCAGCAGAAACAGAAACAACAAAAAUAACCGAAACAGCAGCAACGUUAACGCGCGUACCUGUCACUUGCAUGUCAGCUACACCGGCGACAACGACAACGACGCCCAAUGCAACAAGAACAAUAGCAAAUGCCAUUGCCGCACAAUUGGCGCAAACAAAGCUCUUAAAAGCGGCUUUGGCAUCUAGUAGGGCAGCUAUGGCAAAUACAACAUCGACGUUUGCUGGCAAUGACAGCAGGGCAGUAACAGCGCGCGAUUCCUGCCACAGCUCAGUGUCGGCAUGUUCAACAGGCUCUAGGACAUCCUCGACAUGCUCCACCUCUUCAGAAUCGACGACAUCCUCUAAUGCUUCAACGGCAACUGACACAUCUUCCAACUCCUCGUCAUCGUCCACGGGCACUGUACGCACGGAACUGCAACAAAGGACAUCCAAUGGCAGUGGCAGAGGGCGACCAACACAGAUUUAAUAGCAGCAACAACAACGUAAUACUUAAAACAAGCAAUCAAGGCAAGGUGAACGAAAGACUUGGUCAACAAAAGCAACAUCGUCAACAAAAAACAAUAACAAUCACUCUGUACAGGUAAACAAUGAAUGGUGCGCAGCUGAAUUGUACCGUUGACAACGAUAAGUUUGUGGCCAACAAGUUUGUUAAAAGUUUAGCAAAAGUUUGCAAUGGAAUUACUUAUACGGCCGUUAGACUUCUCAUCCCAGCUCGGUCAAUGUUGGCUCAUACGCAGGGACAGGUAUAGUGAGUAUACGAGUAUUGGCGCAGUUAAAGCGUUUACUUUAUGGCUUUGCAACAUGAAACCAUCGUCAAGCGAACGGUAAACUGUUGAAGACGAACUUUGCACAUUAAAAUUAAGUAUCGUAGGCGGGCGCAUUUGCUUGCACACACACACACACACAUAUAAUUACUGUAAUAUAUUUGUAUAAGUAUAUGGAGGCUGGAACAGGUACAGCGUAAAGCGAGAAAGAAAAAGCGGAAAAUUGUCAAUUAAAUAAAUCUAAAAACAGCAGGCGAUAGAGAGCCAGUAAUGAGCCAAGCGACAGUAAAAGUUAUAUGGGAACAAAUUUCAUAUGCACGUGAAACUAUAGGUUUUGUUUAGCAAUGCUGCACAUUAAGAUUUUCAUUUUCUCAACCAUUUAAUUUCUUUCAAGAUCUUUAAAAUUUUAAAAUACUAAAAAAUUUCAAAGAAAGAAACAAAUUCAAAAAAAUAUUUUAAAUGCUUGUACUCACUCUAUGAGGUUACUCUAAAUAUCACACUAAAGAGGAUAUCCAGCUAGAAAAAAAAAAUUUUAUAUAAUUUUUGCUCGAACAAGUAUAGUACAAUAAUGCCCUUUGAAAAACGCAUACUUAAGUAUGCAAGUUAAGAAGUUCCUCCGAGCGAGCACUAAUAAAUUAAAGUUUGGA